AUGGCUUUACUGCAACUUGCUCCUCCCCAAAUUGGAGCCGUUGGGUCUGCAUCGCCGAAUUUCUAUCUUGACACGACGGCCGUAGCUUUUAUACGCGCCUUAGAUACCACUAAAGAGUGCAUCAUGAAUAUUGGGGAGACCUGGGCUUCCCCGCGACAAUUCCAAAUGGAGCUUAUGGAAUCGCUGCUUGAGCAUUCGACCGGGAGAAACUUCAAGUCCGCGCUCUACUGGCUGUUUCUGAGACAUGAACUUGGUGCUGCCCUGGUAUCUGAUAUUAGCAUCCAAAUUCCUCUUCCGUCCUUACCACCAUAUCCUGCGGAAGGAGAAUUCGGGCCGGAUCCGUUUGAGCGUGAGUUUUGCUUUGCAAACCAUCCACUCUGGCUGUGCGCUCGUGCAAUCAAGUUCAUACACAACGAGGACACAAUCCCUCAAUAUCCGCCAAUGCAUAUGUGGACGCAGCUGAUAGAGGAGCUUCAGCAUUGGUACCAAGGGCGUUCACCAAGAUUCCAAGCGAUGCUGGAACUAGAGAUGGACCGUCAAGAAUCAGGACUGGACCAAACCUUCCCGAUUGUGCUGUUUGGUAAUGGGGCUGGCGUCUUUAGCAAUCAGCUCUACCACACAGCUAUGCUUAUUUUACUCAACAACCGGCCACGUACUGCCCCAACGGCAGACUACCAUUCAGCGGCCAUGUCACCAUCAUGGCAUGCGCAACGCAUAUGCAGCAUCGCCCUCAACAAUGAGAGGCGGGAAUGCUGGGAUCCCUGCUUACUUGCAUCAUUCAUAACUGCCGCUCGACGAAUGACCCACGAGGCCCAACAGCAAGAGAUCCUGGGUGGCUUAAGUAUUAUUCAAGAAACCACAGGCUGGAACUUUGGGGGCCUUGUUGGCUGUCUCCGAAACGAGUGGAGUAUCCUCGCAUCAUGA